AUGUGCACCAACAUAGUUUACGAGUGGCUGAAAGCGCUGCCUCCUCAGUACGCCGAGUCCUUCGUGGAUAACGGCUACGAUGACCUGGAAGUGUGCAAACAGAUCGGGGACCCGGACCUGGACGCCAUCGGGGUGCUGGCGCCCGCGCACCGCCGCCGCAUCCUGGAGGCUGUGCGUCGGCUGCGGGAGCAGGACGCCGCCGCCGCCGGCCUCUACUUCACUCUCGAGCCGCAGCCGGCGUCCCCCGCGCCCCCAGCGGAUGCCAUGCCCCCAGGCCGCCGGGGGGAGCCGUGCGGCGGCCUGGCCCAGGGCACUCGCGGGGACCCCCGCGGCCAGACGGCAGUCCCCCGCAACAGGGAGCUAGUGAGCUACCCCAAACUGAAGCUGAAGAUCAUGAUCAGGGAUAAGCUUGUCCGCGAUGGAAUCCACCUGAGCAAGCCCCCGUACUCCCGCAAGGUCCCAAUGGCCGGCAUCCUAGAGUACUUAAUGAAUUGGCCGAAGUCUUCACAGAACCGCUAG